AUGCGCUUCAUCCAAGCCCUCGCCUGCGCGCUCAGCCUCACAGUAUCCGUCUCCGCCCUCGCAAUCAGCGACAUCAAAGAAGCUCUCGCCUCCCUCACUCCACGCGACCCCCGUCCCUCGCGGGAGCAAGAGACCGACGGCCUGCUUUUCUUGACUCCCAUGAGCAGCUUUCUAGUCGCCAAACGCGCCAGACAGCCCGCGCGGCUCCAUUGGGACGACAACGGGUGCACAGGCGUGCCAGAUAAGCCAAGCGGCUUCAACUUCCUGCCCAGCUGCCAGCGCCAUGAUUUUGGUUACUCAAACUACAAGAUCCAGAAGCGAUGCUCGGAGGCGGAGAGGAAGAAGAUUGAUGAUAAUUUUAAGAAGGAUAUGGAUAAGGAGUGCUCGAAGUAUGCGGGGCUGCAGGCUGCUAGGGGUGUGCAGUGCAGGGCGAUUGCGAGGGGGUAUUAUGAAGGGGUCAGGAAACUAGGCGAGUCGCGGUUCUGCUAG